UACUGCUUCAGUUUGGGUUGUCGAUCGUUGGACGUAAAUUUAUUUGUAACAUGACGAGUGAGAAUAUUGUGGUACGCGUGAAGCAGGGUCAUUUACGUGGAUCCAUCGAGCAGAACGAUUAUGGAAAUGAAUAUAUGGUGUUUCGCGGUAUUCCAUUUGCAAAACCACCGGUUGGUCCGCUUCGAUUCAAGGAUCCAGAACCUCCGGAACCAUGGACCGGCAUAAGAAACGCCUUGGAGUUCGGCAACAACUGUGCCCAGGUUGACGUGAUAACGCAUCAACUGAUUGGAAGCGACGAUUGCCUCUAUCUGAAUGUGUACUCAACAGCGAUCGAAGAUGAAGAGAAACAUGCGGUGAUGGUGUGGAUUCAUGGCGGUGCUUUCAAACACGGGUCUAGCAAGGAUGAUAUUUAUGGACCCGAUUACCUUAUGCGGAAGGACAUUGUUUUGGUCACGUUUAAUUAUAGGAUCAGUAUUUUAGGUUUCAUGAAUUUGGAAUGCGAAAUCGCUACAGGCAAUCAAGGUUUAAAGGACCAAGUUAUGGCCUUGAGAUGGGUGCAGGAAAAUAUUUCCAGUUUCGGUGGAGAUCCCAACAAUGUCACUAUUUUUGGUGAAAGCGCUGGUGCUGCAUCGGUACACUUGCUAACUCUAUCUCCAAUGUCGCAAGGCUUAUUCCACAAAGCUAUUGCGCAGAGCGGAGUAGCAUUUAAUCCUUGGGCUAUCCAAACCGAGGAACCAAAGAAGUUCACAUAUAUGCUGGCCGCAAAACUUGGAAUGGAUUCGACCGAUCCCCAGACCGUGAUCAAUUUUCUGAGGACAAUAGAUGCGAAGAAGCUUGUGAUCACCGAAUUGGAACUUACCGGGGAACAGAAACCUUAUAUGAUGUUUGGAACAUUUGGACCAAGCAUCGAUGACGUAUCGCCGAAUCCAUUCUUGCCUCAACAUCCAAGGAUAUUAAUGCAGAAAGGGAUUAAUAUACCCUUCCUGAUUGGUCACAAUGAUAAUGAGGGAACCUUGAUCGUGAAUUUAUUCCGAGAAAUGGGGAACGAUGAGAAUCUUCGAUACCUGAAUACAAACUUCGAUCUGGUAUUGCCUGUAGAGAUGAUAAGAAGCUUACAGAAAGAUGGAAUUAGCCCAUCGGACGUGAAACGCUUGUACUUUGGAGACAAAUUAAUUUGCAAGAAAACACUGCAGGAAUACGUAGACUAUAUUAGCGACAUGAUGUUCCUUCAAGGAAUCUACGAAGUUGUUAAAGUUCAGAUGGAAAAUAACUGUCAAUCUACUUAUCUCUAUAAAUUUACUUAUGAUGCUACAGAAUCGUUAAUGAGAAUAUUCUUCAAUAUUGCUCUGCCAAGGGUGACACAUGCAGAAGAGUUACAGUAUUUGUUCUAUGCACAUCUGGGGAAACGGAUAAAAAUCGAACCUGCAAAAGUUGGAACUGAAAAGUUUAAAAUAAUAGAUACUGUAACUCAAAUGUGGACCGAUUUUGCCAAAACUGGGAAUCCAACACCAAAGAUCACGGAUUUAAUCAAAACGAUUUGGAAACCGAUCGAAAAAUCGGAUUCAUAUAAUUAUUUGAAUAUCAACAGAACGUUGCGAAUGGAAAGUAUCAAUGUUCAAGAGCAGAAAUUCGACUGGAAGAGAAUUAAGAACAAACUAUGA